UUCAUCUGUGAUACGAUGUCUUUAAUUUGAGAGUUAUUAAGUCAUUAUUUUGACAUACUAAGUGAGUGUUUUGAUAAGCAAGUCAUUAUCAUUGGAUAUUAUUUCAAGUCCGUCAUUAUUUUGAAAUACCUACUCAUUACUCUGAGAUAAACUGUGUACAUACUACUUAUGGUGACUUUCUGAUCACAUCGGCAAACGGGCUUUCAUAGAUAAAUAGACAGAUUGAUGCUUUAUUGAUCCCAAGGAAAAUUCAAGAUCAGAAACGCUCCCCGUCGGGGAAUCGAACCCCGGUCUUCCGCGUGACAGGCGGAGAUGCUGUCCACUAUAGUAACGAGGACAAGGAUGGAUACAACAGAAUACGAUAGCCAGAGUAAACAUCAUAUGGAGUAUAUUGUAAAAAGACUGAUCGGAUGGCUUACACAGAAUACGAUAGUGGCGUGUAAAGCCCCCACCCGUCCGUCACUCUCUCUCAGGAACACCCACACCCACGGUGGGCCCCUCCUCUUUAAUAAACCUGCUCCUCACGGUCUCGACUCCAUAGGCAACCGUCCACCUCUUCACUGGGACCAUCGCAUCACUUGUUACAGAUACCGGACUUACAGGACUUUCCUUCAGCCAUGGUUCGGGUUCCUCCGCCCGUGUUUGUGUUGUUACUGUUUGCGGGUGUUGCUGUGGUGAAGGCCAACUCUGGAGACAAGCUGAUUCGAUCAGAUUAUGAGGUUCAUGAUGAUAUAGAGUACUCUCUAGAGGGCGUUGGUGCAAGCCAGGAUCCCUACAAUGUGUUUGUGGUUGACCCUAAAACUGGACUAAUUCGUGUGACCGAAGUGCUUGACAGGGAGGUCAUCGCUAUGUACAAUCUGUCCGGUAUUGCUAGGUAUAAAGAUGGUACAGAAGCAGAGAAAAGAAACAUUGAGCCUGGGGAGGUGUAUGAACUCAGUCCUGCAGGGACUUCAGUUAUGAAAGUAACUGCAACUGAUGCUGAUGAACCAGGGAAUAAAAACUCCAUCAUCAGCUAUUCUAUCAUAGAGCAGGAGCCAUCUCAUGACAUGGGGACCAUCUACAUCAGCAAGCCGACACUGGACAGAGAGAAAGCAGAUCACUACGUUCUGACAGUGAAAGGUCAAGAUUUAAAUGGCUGUCCAGCGGGAAACACUGGAACAGGCACUGUUACUGUCACCAGUACAAGUUAAUGCUCUGUGCAGGCCUGUCAAGUUCUUUAACUUUAAACUCCAACCCCUGAAAAAUAGCUCCUGUUAUCCGACUAAAUAUCUACACUUCCAGGAUGCGGUUCACAGUUGAUUGCAAGGUGAUUUUGAUCUGAACAUGGAAUAUAUUCCUUGACCAAAAAAAAUAACAUGUUAUAAAAUAUUCAAUAUUUGGUGUAAAUAUGGUGAGUGAAUAUCUAAUGUUUAGGUAAAAUAAUGACUUAAACUUUUAGAAAAAGUUUAGAAUUUUAGAAAUUUUACAAAAUACAUAUUUAAAACUACCUGUCGCAAUAAUAAUAAUAAUAAUAAUAAAGUAGGUGAGUAAAAGGAGGGCAGCAGUGCACAAUAAUAACAUUCCAUUCAUAAAUAACUUGAUAUUAUAAAACCCAAGCUUCUUUUCCCUCCCUUCUUUGCAUUAAUCUCACUCUCCUCAUCUACUCUUUAUUUCUGUGUAAAUAAAGGUUCUGCUCUUCCUUUCCCUCCAUAUAAAUAACUCCUCUAUUAGAGGACUUGUGCUAUCACUCCCUUCCUGCCCUUCUGCCUGCUGGUAAAGAUAUGAACCGCACUGGAUAUUUGUUCACAAUGAUAAAAUAUUUAUGGCCCAGAAAAGCUAUCAUGGAUGUAUAUCAGAAACUGAUGUGGUUGUGGUGUAUUGAGCAUAAACGUUUAUAAGUAGUCAAAAUGGUGUAUCAGUGUAGAUACAUGUUUUGUUGACAUGCAGUUGUAAGGGAUAAUGGAGAAGGAAAAUAUCUCCAUAAGGUGAAAUUAAAUUUCUAUUCAAAUUUCAAAGUUUCAUGCAAAAGAAAAAUAUGAAAAAACACCAUUUGUGUUUGUUUCUUGAAUCAGUAUGAGGAAGGUCAUGGACUUCUCAUCGCUCCAAACAGAUGUGAUGUUUUCUUUGUUUCUGUCAUCAUUUAUUCACUAAGUCUGUUUCAGUUUUGUUAAUAUCCACACAGUGGCCUCUAAAUUAAAUAUUGUGAUUUUUAAACAAGAUUUGGAAAUUUAAAUGAGCACUGAUCCCACGUGAACAUGGUUUUUGACAUAUCAAGGAUGUGUGUUUUUUAGCUAUUGAAGUCAUAACCGCAGUCUAAAUAUGAUUCUUUGUUUUUGUUCCAUGUAAGACAAUGUUUGUAUGCCAUGGGGUAUUCAAAGGAAAUAAAAUGACAAAUUGCAUGGAGUCCCUCUCACACAGCAGACUCCAUGCAGUGCUGUCAUGUUUUACA